AUGGCUAGUGGUAGCCUGAAAAGCCUUGUAGCUUCUGCAGUCACUCGUGGAGUGACCGAAGCAAGAGCAAGGAUUUUCGGACAUAUGCUUAAUCCAACAGGACAGAGAUCUCCUCAUAAGAUAUUAAGGAAGAAGCUUUUUGGUGAUAAAGUUGCACAAUGGUAUCCAUAUGAUAUCAAGAAUGAGGAUCCCAAUGUCAUGGCUAGAGAAGAAAAAGAGCGCAUAUCGAAGCUAGAGAUGUUGAAGCGUCGUGACAAAGGACCACCAAAGAAGGGUCAAGGAAAACGUGCUGCAAAGCGUAACAAGAAGUAA